CUUUUGAAAAGCGAGUGAAUGCCCUAGAACAGGGAGUCGAGCGGCGAUGGACAAGGGCAAGGCGCUGGUGUGCGUGACCGGCGCGUCGGGAUUCAUCGCAUCGUUCUUGGUGAAGCUGCUGCUGGAUCGCGGCUACAAGGUGCGCGGCACCGUGCGGAGCUUGACCGAUCCGAGCAGAACAUCGCAUUUGCGAGGCCUGCCUGGCGCGGAGGAGAGAUUGGAGCUCGUCGAGGCCGAUCUUCUCAAGGACGGCGCAUUCAAUGACGUGGUAAAAGACUGCCAGGGUGUUUUCCACACAGCCUCUCCUUUCUUCUUGGCAGGCGUGACUGACCCGGAACGUCAGCUCAUCCAGCCAGCAGUACAAGGAACUCUCAAUGUUCUCGAGGCGUGUUCUCGGAGCCCCUCGGUCGCCAAAGUGGUUGUCACGUCGUCCACUGCGGCAGUGGCGUAUAAUCCCAAGAGAACGCCCGACACGGUCGUCGAUGAGUCUUGCUUUAGCGACCCCGACUAUUGCAGAGAAAUGAAGGCCUGGUACAUUCUUUCGAAGACACUAGCUGAGCAAGAAGCGUGGAAGUUUGCCAAAGAGAAAGGACUUAACCUGGUGACUAUAAAUCCUGCCAUGGUAAUUGGACCGCUCCUGCAGCCUACUUUGAACACCAGCUGCGAGAUUAUCCUUAAACUCAUCAAUGGUAGCAAAACACACUACUCAAAUGCUUGUUUGGGAUGGGUGGGAGUUGGAGAUGUUGCUGAGGCUCACUUGCUAGCUUACGAGAAUCCAAAUGCUUCCGGGAGGUACUUGUGCGUGGAGAGGGUUGCUCACUACGAAGACGUGGUCGAAACGCUGCGCAAGCUCUAUCCAGAGUAUCCAAUCCCAACAGAAUGUGAAGACAAUGGAUCUCCCAAGGCCACUCCAUAUGCCAUCUCCACCAGGAAACUGCAAGAGGAGCUAGGCCUUCGCUUCCACAGCCUGGAACACAACCUUAAAGAGUGCGUGGAAAGCUUGAAGCUCAACCAUUUUACUCCGGCUUGAGGUUUAUAGUUCGACGUAUUAUUUUUUCAAAGCAAAAGAACAACAACGCUCUUAUGGUUUUAAAAACUUUACGCAAAAA